AUGCUAUGUUUGCUCUCAAUGUUCCAAGAAUGGUCUGUCUCCCCAGCCUUAAAAUCCUCCAUCUUGAUAAAAUUGUGUUUACAGAUGGUGGCUCAACUAAGAGGCUCGUUUCAGGCUGCCCUGUGCUUGAGGAUUUGGUGUUAAUAGCAUGUUAUUGGGAAGAUCAUAAUUUUAAUGUUUUUAACAUUUCAGCUCUUUCACUCAAGAGUUUGACUAUUCAUAGCGACAUUCGGAACUACAAGUUUGUGUUUAAUACGCCAAAUCUUCAGUAUCUUCAGUACUUUGAUUACGUAGCAGCAGAAGGGUAUUCGAUGGAUAAUUUCAAUUCUCUGGUUGACGCGGACAUCAAAUUGAUGUCAAACAUCGAAUAUGGAAUAGGAGGCAGCAUUAUUGGUGAUAAAUCUGUAGAAGAAGUUAAUGUAGUGAAAUUUCUUGGAGGAAUAUCUAAAGUGCAGCGGCUUUAUUUUCAUUCCGACUCCAUAGAGGCACUUCAUGGGUGCUCACUCCCAAAUUUUUAUCAUUUGACUUAUUUGGAGCUGGGUGUGCUUGAUGAGGGUGAUACUGAUGGAUGGGAAUUGCUUCCUGAAUUGCUUGAGCGCGCACCAAAACUGGAAACCCUUGUUUGUAAGGAACUUCUAUACCAUGGACAUGAUUGCUAUACAAAGCACCAAUUUCGCUGGCAUACACCAAGUAUUGUGCCAUCUUGUUUGUUGUUCCACCUCAAGGUAAUUGAAAUUAGGUACUUUUAUGGGACGAGUGACGAACUGAAAAUGGCCGGGUAUUUCUUGAAGAAUGCUAAAGUUUUGAAGAGAUUCGUAAUACGUUCCGCUAGGGAUCAACAGUCAAAGAUUUGCAAUACGUUGUUGGGGCUACAUAAGUGAUCAAAGACUUGCCGACUUGAGGUGACUUGAUUUGAUUGCAAUAGGCGCAAGAGUUUUGCAGAGGAUGUCAUGACCAUCUAAAUAUUUUUGGCUGUGAUUCAAAUUAUGUUUUGCAUUUCAGUUUGCUUCCAGAACCUCAAAUGCUUUGUUUUGUAAUGUUCCAUGGAGGGCCAUGAAUGCUUUAAACACUAUUGUCUGUAAUUUUUUUGUAUGCAAACAUUAAGUAUAUC